GUGGGAACAAAGGACUGGAGGCAUGAGAGCGCAUGUCGUAUUUGAAGAACACGUUCUGGUCUGGUGCAGCUGGAGGGUUUUAGGUGGAAGGGAGCGUGGCAGGAGAGCAUCCCUGGGCUGGCCUGGAGGGGGAGGGCUGGCUUGGGAGGUCUGAGCUCCCAGCAGGAUCAGCAAAGGCUCAGCAGUGUCUUAGGUUUAAUCCUGCCCCCACCCCUGCCUCUGUCAGUCUGUCCCUCCUACUUCACCCCUGCCCUUCCCUUCACCCAACCCCCAGCCUGGCCGCUCCUGAAGCUGAAUGGACUUCUCCCUCGGCCUACGCUUGGGGCCUCGGAACAAGAAGGCCACCCACCAACAGCCCCCUACACCCUCCGGGCACGCCGCACCAGCUGCCGCCCCUUGUCUGUCCUGUCCCCCCUCCGCCUGUUUUUGCCCCUGCCCUAGCUGUCCUCCUCCCACCUGCUCCUGCACUGCCUAUCCUUCUCAUGCAGCUACCUGUCCCUCCUGCCCCAGUCUUCCUGGCCCACCCUGUACCUGCUCCUGCCCCCCCUGCCCUGCCUGUCCUCCCCUGACUUGUCCCCACAGCUCCUGUGUCUUGUGCGCUGGUCCGCACGUGACCUGCUGCCACCCCUCACCUUGCCCAAUUUACCCUUGCUCCAGAGGCCGAGCUGCCUGUCCCAGCUCCUGCCUGGGCUGCAGUGACAGCUGUGGUUGUGGCCCAGGGGCUCCUCCAGGCUCCACUGGCCGCUGCAACCGCUGCUUCCGGGGACAACGCACCUCUCAGAGGCACUGUCUCAUAGUCUAGCUGGACUGCUGCCCCGCUGAGAGGUUGUCAGUCUGGUCUCCCGGAGCACUUCUGCCAGCUGCUUCCUCUGGGGGGAGGCAGAAGCUCUGGAGUGAGGAGAGGCAUCAGCUAAACCCCUCACCCAGACAGGUAGAGGCAGAAGACUGCUCAGAGCCCCCGCGCAUCCCCCAUAGUCCCUGAGAGCAGGGCAUCUGCUUUGAUGUUAUUUUCUGGGCCUGCUCCCGCUGUUUCCAGAACCUCCUCUUCUGCAACUUCUGAAAUGGAAAGCAUGCUUCUCAGAGCCUCCCUCAAGGCCUCCGAAGGUGAGGAAGUUGGCCAUUUUCUUCCUGUAGUCAGCCUCUGCUGGA